AUGGGUUUCAGAGGAUUAGGAUUUUCUCUUCUUAUCUUCGUCUAUCUCAUUGAUCUUACUCUGGCAUAUCCUCCUCAGAGCGACUUGGCUUCAGAAUUUGUGCAAAAGAGCAAGUUGGAAGAUAAGGUAUUAUAUGGAAGAAAGAUAGAAGGAGGUGCUGGUCAUGGUGGCUCACACGGAAAUGGAAAUACAGUACCAACUGAAACACGAGGAGGAGGUGGAGCAGUUAUACCUGUUUAUGCAGCAGGUGCUGCACACAGAAAUAACCAACAUCAGACCCGUCAUGGUGCUGCAAACUGCAACCUUAACGAGAUCAGAUUUUCAAAUAUGGUUAUGAUAGUCCUGAUCUAUCCUCUCAUACUGUCAUUUUUGUUGAUAUAG